CGCGAGCCAUAGCGGCAGGAGUUCGACGAAGGCAUUCCACUGUCAUUGGAGUUCAUCAGUCUAGGUAUGCAGGAAACCAAUAGGACAUCAUGUAUAUUGGGAUAGCCGUACGUAAUGCUUCAGUAUAUAUCUGGAUAUGAAGGACUUGUCGACGCUGGAGUACUUGUAGGUUUUCAGAUGUGAUAACGCAUCUUCGGACAGCGACUCUUGGGCAUCUACGGAGAAGAGUUAUGCAAUUCUCUUGAGGAAGUCCAUUGCAGUCGCAGAGAGCGAGGGUUAUUGGGCGAAGAGAAGGUGUCUCAGAAAAGUUCACCUAGGGCAUUGCUGAUAUCAAUGAAAUGGAAGGAAUAGGCCCAAGACGAUAACUGUCCUACACAAGCAGAAGCAGUGUCACAGGGUAGGACACGGGGAUAUAAAGUAGUUCGACUUGGGAAGAGGGAAAGGGGAUAGAUCAAAUACGUUCAACCAGGAGCCGUUGAAGCCCACGUGACAUCCCUGCUUGGGCCGUUGCGCCGCGCAAGAACGGCGCUUCAAAGAUAUCUCCAAAUCACACUCACUCUCAGGCUCCUGCGCCUUCACCGCAACCUCAAUUAACUGUCACUACGCACCCGGUUUUGGUGCUAUAGCUGUUAUAUUGCACCCUCUUUGCCGCAGAACGAUGCCCGCCCGCUUUUAGCUCCCAAAUUCAGCAGCAUCACCACCAGCUACAGCUGGCGGUAACCCGCACCAGAACAAACUACGCUUCGUUUCAUCGCAGAUCAGCCAUAUCAGUUUCCUGAAGCUGGCUAUGAGGCUGCGAUACGCCCCCUGCGCGACCAGCGCCACCUUUGACUGAAGCCUACAAUGCCAGGCGUGGUGGAAACACCGGGGCCUGCCGGCGCUGGAUUAGGCUACUCAGUUGUUCACCAGAAGGUCGAGCUUGAUAUUGAUUUUGUGAACCAGAGUUUGAAGGGGAAAACAGAGAUAACUAUUCAGCCACACUACAAGGAACUCAAGGCCCUCCGCCUGAAUUUCCGCCAAGGAGAAUUAAAACGUUUGAAUGUUAGCGGAAAGGCGCCGACCACAAAAUAUGCAGACCCAUACGAGUCCUUCCGGUUAUACGGCGUCCAUCAACACCAGAAACUGUCCAAGAAGUUGGAACCCCUCCUCAAAGCUCCUCCAGAGCCCGAGUUAAUCGUGACAAUCCCGAAGUCUGUGCGAAUUGAUGAGUUGGAUCCAUUUUCUGCAGAGGCCCAAACCCAACUUGCGCUCCGGGCUAGCGGGAGCACAGAUGAUGCAGCAGACGGCCAGCCUGGCUCAAAAGCCGCUGAGACCUCGUUACCAAGAUAUACGAUGUUGACAGUAUAUGCGGAAUUCACAAUCAAUCGCCCAAGGGAUGGUAUACAAUUUGUCGGGAUUAACAGUCGCGAUCGCCGUUACCCGCACGUCUUCACAAUCAAUGCGUUCGACCCAAUUAGUGGCUGCUGCUUGUUUCCCUGCGUUGAGGAUAUGUCGUCACGGUGCACGUGGGAUAUAUCGAUACGAUGUCCCCGGACACUGGGGGAUGCGCUUUAUCCCAAAGGGCGUGAGUCUCAGGCGAUAAAUGGAACAGCGAAGGGGUGGAAUGCAUCACUGAGGAAACCAGGCAUAUCUUCGGACGAUGAGUCGCUAGAUAUGGUUGUGACGUGUUCCGGGGAUUUAACCGAUGAAAUAAUGGAUACUAAGGACCCUGCAAAGAAGACCGUGUCAUUUUCCUGCACCAGCCCUGUAUCCGCACAGCAAAUUGGUUUUGCUGUUGGGCCUUUCGAGUAUGUUAAUCUCUCAGAAUACCGCGAGAGCGACGAGGAUGACCAGCUCGGAAGGAAUGCUAUCCCGGUCCAUGCGUUUUGUCUCCCAGGACGGGCGGACGAAGUUAGGAAUACUUGUUUACCAAUGGCCAAAGCAAUCGACUUUCUUUCCCUUAGUUAUGGGUCAUAUCCGUUUUCCAGCUAUAAAAUGUGUUUUGUCGAUGAUCUCCCUUCUUCCGCAUUUGCAACGGCUGCACUAUCGAUUUGUAGUAACCGCGUUCUCUUUCCGGAGGACAUAAUCGACCCAAUCUAUGAAUCCACCAGGUGUCUGGUACACGCUUUAGCCUCUCAAUGGAUUGGGGUUAGUAUUAUUCCGAAAGAUCCAACAGAUACAUGGGCUAUACUGGGUAUUUCUUAUUACAUCACGGACACAUUUAUGAAAAAGCUGUGCGGAAAUAACGAAUACAGGUAUCGACUGAAGCAGAUGUCGGAUAAAGUUUGCGACCGUGACAUCUCGCGACCUCCCAUAUCCGAUAUGGGUGCCCUGUUGCGAAUAGACCCUUCGGAGAUUGAUUUCAUAGCUUUAAAAGCACCACUAGUUCUUUACAUCCUGGAGCGAAGGCUAUCGAAAGCUAGUGGAAAGGCUACCAUCUCCCGAAUCAUUUCUCGGAUUUUUCUGAAUGCGAGAAUGGGCGACCUUCCCAACGGUGCUCUGACAACAUCCUUUUUCCAAAGAACGUGCGAAAGAUUAGGACACACAAAACUCGACUCUUUUUUCCAGCAAUGGGUAUAUGGUGCUGGUUGUCCGCGGUUCCUAGCCACUCAACGGUUCAAUAAAAAGAAGCUGGUGGUUGAAAUGAUGAUUCGGCAAGUUCAAUCCGAACAGGCAACGGUCCGAGAUUUAGAAAAAUCAACAUUUAUGAGAGAAGUUAAAGAAGAAAUAAAGAACAUCUAUGCCGGCCCGGUGCAGCAUGUAUUCACAGGCUCCAUGACUAUUCGAAUACACGAAGCGGAUGGAACGCCCUAUGAACAUAUCGUUGAAAUCAAAGAGGGUGUCACCAAGUUCGACAUCCCAUACAACACCAAAUACAAACGCCUUAAGCGCAAUAAACGGCAGAAAGAGCGUGCAGCUGCCACAUCUGGUAUGGACCCAAAUGCCGAACUCCAAGACGAUGUCUUGCUAUAUUGCCUUGGGGAUGUGCUGCAAUCCGAGGAGGAGAUUCAAAAAUGGAAGCUUGUUGAAUGGAGUAAAGAAGACGAAGACCGAAUGGGCCAGGAGUCUUACGAGUGGAUUCGAAUGGAUGCUGAUUUCGAGUGGAUAUGUAAAAUGUCACUCACAAUGCCAGGCUAUAUGUACCUAUCUCAGCUGCAACAAGAUAGAGACAUCGUCGCCCAGCUUGAGUCAAUCCAAUACAUGGCCGCCCAGCGCGAACAUCCUCUAAUAUCGACUAUUUUCGUGCGUACUCUUAUGGAUCGACGGUAUUUCUACGGUAUUCGAGCGGCCGCUGCCAAGGCACUUGUAAAACAUGCUAAAGAUGAAGUUGACUGGAUUGGACUGUACCAUUUGGAAACCGCAUUCCAAGAGCUUUUCUGCUUACCAGGCUCACCCAUGACUCGCUCCAACGACUUCUCGGACCGGGCAGCUUAUAUUCUCCAACUGACUAUACCCCAAGCCAUUGCACAAGUUCGAGACAAUACCGGCAAGACGCCUAUGAGGGUUAAACGGUUUCUCUAUGAUAAAUUAAAGUUUAAUGACAAUUCGAACAAUGAGCUUUCGGAUUGUUACUAUAUUGCUGCACUCAUGAAAUCCAUUUGUGAAGCUUUGCUCGGGCGAAAGGAAACCGAACCUGGCAGCGUUGAUAUGGAUUUUGAUGUGGAAAAGGAAUUAGAACGACAAGCAGAACAACAACUGGACCGGGAUUGCAUUGCUGAGAUUGACCGUUAUAGGCGAAUGGACGAAUGGACAACUUCCUUCCAGAACAUCUACUCAAGAACUGCAAUUGAAUGCCAGCGACGAUUCAUGCAGGCUAACGUUAUCGACUUGGAUCUUAUGCAGUUCCUUCAAUACACAAGAGCUGGCACCUAUGAAAUGCUUCGUUUGGAUGCUUUCAACAUAUUGAUCGACUUCGACAUCUUCCAGAAACCUGAGCUGCUCACGUGGUUCGUUUAUGUGAUGUCUACGGACCUAUCACCCUGGAUCCGACACAAUCUGCAUGUCGCCUUCGGUCGAGGACUUGCUCCCAUUGCCUUCGGCGAGCGUAAUGUCGAACAACAACCGGAACCUAACAACAGCUUAAUCAUCGAACAGGAAUCAACUACUGAGGUUCGCCAAGCUAAUCUUGCCCGUAGACAAACGGUCCCCGGUGCGUUGGAGGCGUUGAAGCAUGAGCUGGAAGGUAACGCGGCAUUAAAGGAAGCCCUAUGGGCAGCGUGCAAUUCUCCCACCGUGGGUUUAGCGGAACUAUGCGAUUUCGUCGACAUCUGUAGUGUCUUAUACACCCCCAUCAAUGAAAAGAUGGUCGUUCUGAAAUAUCCUCGGUACUGGAAAUUGGAAAAUCGGGGACAUGGCAAACUCCGAUUUUUCAAGGGAGGCCGUUUCCGUACUGCCCUAGUGGCUAAUGGAGGUGCCGCCGCACCGGCUCCCAAUGGUACACUGAAGAGGAAACGCGAGGAGGGUGCUCCUCCGCCGCUCAGCCAUAAACUCACCCUGAAAGUUCCGAAGCUCUCUUUAACGUCAUCCCCCGCAAACUCCCAAGCAACCCCUCCAUCAACGAUGCCGAAAUUGAAAUUGAAGUUCAGACCAGCGCGCUCAUCCAUGCCACCUCCCUGAUGUUAAGGCCUUUUCUUUCCCCCUAUUCUGUUUUGCUUCUUGAGUUUUAUAUUGGCUACUCAUGGCAGGGUUUACUAUGUCAGCGGUUAUUUUCGUCGCGUUGGGGUGUUUGUGGGGAAUUGUUUUCUUCUUUCACAUGUAUUUGUUUCAUUUUUUAGGGAACGAAGGCUACAGCCGUGAGGAAACAUGACAUGAGGCUGGCAUUACCGAUGUGAAUUGCACGGUAUCUCUUGAGAAAGAAGAGAAAAAAAAGGCCGACUAGGGCUAUUUUAUUUAACGUCAACGUACAAGUAUACGUGAUGUAUUUUACAUUUACUCGAGCCAAUUUUUUAUUAAUCGACAUUUAUUUUGCAGCCAGCCCAUAAUCCUGCUGGCGCUGGAUCGGAUUUCCGUUAUUCAAAGUAUAUUUAAUUUCUUUUCAUUUUUUCCCCUCGAACUCCUAGAACAAAAGUCGAAACAAACAUUGAAACGCUUCUCAGCCAUCGCAAUAAAAGAAGACAUAAAUUGGGGUAAAUAGGAACCACCAGCCCAUUUUCUUGUACUCAUUAACACGCCAGGAUUUCCCUUGAGGCACAGCUACCGGGUAUCAUCGAUCACCGAUUCUCUCGAGCGCCUAUAGGUGACGGAAAAC